AUGUCAGACAAGGAACAAUUCGAACAACUUUCAUUGCUGUUCAGCAACCAACAGAAUAAUGUGAACGAGUUGCUUACCGCUAGAUCUCAGUUGGAAACACAAUAUCAAGAAAAUAAAAUCGUAUUGGCUGAAUUUGAACAUUUGAAUGAUGAGUCCAAGAUCUACAAACUUACUGGCCCAGUGUUGAUGCCCCAAGAAUACGGGGAAGCAAAGAUGAAUGUCACCAAAAGAUUAGAGUUUAUUGAACUGGAAAUCAAGAGAGUGGAGGCAAAGAUCGGUGAUGAGGAAAAGAACAUGGAAUCCACCAGAAACAAGUUGUUGGAAAUCAGGGCCAAAAUCAAUGGGGAAUAG